AUGGUUGGUGAUUGGUUCUUCGUGGCGGUGGCGCUCCUCCUCCUAGUUGUCAGUCUGAGUAAUGACACCCUGGAGGUUACCCAUAAUGCUCUGUUCCUGCUGCUGUCCAUCUCCACGGUCCCCAGAUCCCCUCCAGGGUACUAUGUGUUCUUCGGGGUGUCCUGUUCCCUGUUCGCCUCCGCUUCGCUCUACGGGACAUUUUGCCGCCUGAUCAACUCCAUCGCUGAGAAGAGUCUGAUCCCGGGGCGCUGCCUUCAUCAUCAUCAGCAUCCUCCCCCGACCAAUCAGAUCCCUGACGCUCUGUUCUACCUGACCAAUGGCGUGGCCGCUCUCUCGGCGCUCCACGCGGCCUCAUCCAGUCAGAGCGUGUCCUUCCUGCGACUGAGUGUUCCCUGGGUUCUGGUAUCUGGAGCGGUGGUACAGGGAUUCGUCAGCAGGCUGCAGGUCAGAGGAGGACAGAGGUUUGGCUCCGUCAUCCCAUCCUUCUACCUGUCUGUCUGGGCCACCUGGACAUGGUAUCGCUUCGCAGGCCCCUUGCUGCAGAUCUCUCCAGUAGGAUCCUAUGGGUUUACAGCUGGAGCCAUCGCUUUCCUGGUCAUCAACGCUUUCCUCGUGCUCAUCGCUGCGUAUGGUAACCUGGUCCUCUUGUCUCUGACCGUGGUCAUGGAGGCGGUUCUGGUGUGUUUCCUCCUGUCCACUCUGCAACAGCUCCCCUACCAGCUGGAGAUUGCCAUGCUAGCUGUGUUCUCUGUCAUCUGUCUAUAUGGAACCCUGGCAUCACUGGUCAACUGUACCUUCCGCCAGAGUGUGAUGCCCAUGGGGCCUCCACUGGUUAAGGAUGUGAAUCAGCAGCAGAAGUCUUCCACUGCUCUGCCUUGUCCCGUGGUAGACUCCAGACUGACCAGCGGUCUUCUGAAGAUCUCCAGACUGCUGGACGACGGGGGGGUCUGUGGAAUCCCCACCGAUACGGUCUACGCCCUGGCCGCCUCCUGCAAGAACCCUCAGGCCAUCGAGAACAUCUACAACAUUAAGGACCGUCCAGCAGAGAAGCCCAUCUGUAUCUGUAUCUCCAGUGUGGAGCAGCUGGUGGCAGCCAAGCCCCCAUUCAGCUCUCUACUCUGGGAAUUCAUGAGGAACGUCUACCCUGGAGGGAUCAGCUGCAUCGUCAGCAAGGGAGACUGGCUACUCAGACUGGGUGUGGGUCCGGCCUACGACCGCGUGGGGACCAAUGAUAGCAUCAUGAUCCGAGUCCCUGACCACACCGUCACAGGACACCUGUGUGACAUCACCGGACCACUUGCCAUCACCUCAGCCAAUCCCAGUGGAGAACCCGACAGCACGCACCACGACAUGGUCAUCAGUCGGCUGGGCCAUAAGAUCCAGGGGGUUCUGUGUGACGGGGAUUCCAACGAGAUCGUAGCCUCAACGGUGGUGAACUGCCUCAAGAUAGAUGAAGGCACGAUUAGUAUCGUGAGGGAAGGCUGCGUCCCGGCGGUGAAGGUCCGACAGAUCUUUGAGAGGGUGAAGACCAGUAUGUUGUGAGGAGGACCUUUCCCUCCGUCCCUCUAUCCUCUCUUCCAUCCAGCUCCCCUCCCCCAUUCUCUCUCUCCAUCCUCUGUUGACCAAUGACGACACUCAGAUCAGAUUCUGGACCCACCCACCUCAGGCCACCAUACAAUGUGUCUCUCAAACAUGUUGAGGAACAUUUGUUACAUAUUUAUUCUGUAUGUUGUCGAUGUAAUCAUAUAUAAAUAUGUGCAUUUUAGAUUCGAUUUUCGGAUUAUAAGUAUGUUUUGUUUUGUUCUGUAUGAUUUGAUUAUGUAAAAUGAAGUGGUAACAGAAAUUAUACUCUUAUGAUGUCGUACUCUAAAUUAGGGAUAAAUGAAGGAUGAUGUAGAACUCUAAAUGAGGGAUUAAUGAAGGAUGAUGUAGUUCUCUAAAUGAGGGAUUAAUGAAGGAUGAUGUAGUUCUCUACAUGAGGGAUUAAUGAAGGAUGAUGUAGUUCUCUAAAUGAGGGAUUAAUGAAGGAUGAUGUAGUUCUCUAAAUGAGGGAUUAAUGAAGGAUGAUGUAGUUCUCUAAAUGAGGGAUUAAUGAAGGAUGAUGUAGUUCUCUAAAUGAGGGAUUAAUGAAGGAUGAUGUAGUUCUCUAAAUGAGGGAUUAAUGAAGGAUGAUGUAGUUCUCUAAAUGAGGGAUUAAUGAAGGAUGAUGUAGUUCUCUAAAUGAGGGAUUAAUGAAGGAUGAUGUAGUUCUCUACAUGAGGGAUUAAUGAAGGAUGAUGUAGUACUCUAAAUGAGGGAUUAAUGAAGGAUGAUGUAGUUCUCUACAUGAGGGAUUAAUGAAGGAUGAUGUAGUACUCUAAAUGAGGGAUUAAUGAAGGAUGAUGUAGUUCUCUACAUGAGGGAUUAAUGAAGGAUGAUGUAGUUCUCUAAAUGAGGGAUUAAUGAAGGAUGAUGUAGUACUCUAAAUGAGGGAUUAAUGAAGGAUGAUGUAGUUCUCUACAUGAGGGAUUAAUGAAGGAUGAUGUAGUUCUCUAAAUGAGGGAUUAAUGAAGGAUGAUGUAGUUCUCUACAUGAGGGAUUAAUGAAGGAUGAUGUAGUUCUCUAAAUGAGGGAUUAAUGAAG